AGUUCUCAGUUAAAAUUGAUUUCGGCCGACAGAGACUCACGUCGCCGGAAUCUCGAUAUCGGAGAGUAAGCGUAGAUUCUAUCACUUUCUCUCUUAAAAACCCGAAUUUAGAUUCUUCACGUCUGAUUUUCGAACGUAAAUGUGGUGGAGAUCGGCUUCUUUCAUCCUGGACAAGCAGCAAACUGAAGGCGUUUCAAAGCCACCUGAAACCCUUUCUAUUUCCCCGCCCGUCGACGAAUCUUCUAUGGCGGACACUUUCCAGAACCCUAACCCUAAAAUUUCUGCCUAUUACCAAAGUAGGGCUUCUCACACCGCCGUCGUCACCAGUGAUUGGCUCGCCCAGGCGCAAGCUGCUGUCGGAUUCCCGACCGACGAACAAUUGUUAUCGGAAGCUGAUGUUAAGGACUCUGAAUCUGGAAAGCCUUUCAGUGUAAUCGAUGAGUUUAAUAACUGGAGGAAACAGCCGGAUUUGGCCGAGGCCGUCGCAGCUAUUCGGUCUUUGGCGGCUGUAAUACGGUCUAGUCAGGCCACGACAAUGAUGGAGCUCGAAAUUGAGCUGAAAAAGGCCUCGGACUCUCUGAAGUCAUGGGAUACAACUUCAAUAUCAUUGACGGCUGGCUGUGAUUUGUUCAUGCGGUAUGUAACUAGAACAUCGGCUUUAGAAUAUGAGGAUUUCAAGUCUGCUAAGUCUCGCCUGAUUGAACGUGCAGAAAAGUUUGGGGAGAUAUCUUGUAAGGCACGGAGAAUUAUUGCAAUGCUCAGUCAGGAUUUCAUUUUUGAUGGUUGUACAAUUUUGGUCCAUGGUUUCUCUAGAGUUGUUAUGGAAGUUCUGAGGUUAGCUGCACAGAAUAAGAAGCUCUUUAGAGUGUUUUGCACAGAAGGAAGACCAGACAGGACAGGGUUGCGUCUAUCCAAUGAGCUAGCUAAGCUUGAUGUUCCUGUAAAGCUCCUAAUUGACUCAGCAGUAGCAUAUACGAUGGAUGAGGUUGACAUGGUUCUAGUUGGGGCUGAUGGAGUUGUUGAAAGUGGAGGUAUAAUCAACAUGAUGGGCACCUAUCAAAUAGCAUUAGUGGCACAUAGCAUGAACAAACCGAUGUAUGUAGCUGCUGAGAGUUAUAAGUUUGCCCGACUCUACCCAUUAGAUCAGAAAGACAUGGCCCCUGCCCUGCGUCCCAUUGAUUUUGGGGUUCCUAUCCCAUCCAAGGUUGAAGUGGAAAAAUCUGCUCGUGAUUAUACUCCUCCUCAAUACCUUACACUUCUCUUCACAGAUUUGGGCGUUCUUUCUCCAUCUGUGGUGAGUGACGAGCUCAUCCAACUAUAUUUAUAGUCAAAUUCUGAAACAACCCUUCCUUUUCUUAUAAUGACCUCGAGCAUGGAUGCUUGAACUCUACAAAAAAUUUUGUUUGUAUUCAUUGCUCCAAAUGUAGUCUAGUUUGUGGCUUGUGAACUUUCUGCAUGUCUGCUUAUACAUGAGUAGUGAACAUUUGCUUUCUAAAAAACAGUGCAAAAUUAUGUUCUGCUGUAA